UCAAUUAUGCAGCCAAGGCGAGCUGCUCGAACAGCACUGAGCUGAGCUGAGGGGGGAAGUGGAAGAUAGCAGCUACAAUAUGGCGACAACCGCAGCUUCUCCUCAAUCUUUUCCAUCUUCCCCACAUCUGCAGUCCUGCCACGGCUCUCCAGAUUCACUGUAACGCUUUACAGAGUGAGUAUCCUUCAUUUAAAGGCUUAAAUCGUGCAUAUGUUGUUGGGAGGUGACGCUAGAUUGUAGGUAUGCUUUUGCGUAAAUGUCGCAGAGCUGCACACUCACUGAGCUGAUCAGCAUCCUUUUUUAUUUGGGAGCUGGAUGGAAGAGGAGUGUCUGCCUUCUUGCUGAGCAUCUAUCUGCUGGACCAGAGCACGAAAACACACAUUUAGGAUGUCGAUUGCAAGGGAUUUAUCGGAUUUCGCCGACCAUUGAUUAGACAUUUUGUGAGAGAAGAUGCCUCUUAGGUUAUUAUAGGCUGCAGGUAGUGCACCGUCUGACUGACUGAUCCAGCACAACCCUAAAAAAACAGAUUUUUUUUGCAUAUUUUGGACACUAUUUUUUGUUUUUGGGUGGGCUACCCUCCGGACUACAAGGAUGGUGCUCUUGAAACACCAUAAAGCAUCGAUGCUAUAGCUGCUACUGUGGAUGGUACGAACCUAAAGACCAGGUAGCUGCAGGAUGAAAACAUGGCUGCACCAGCUAUUGCACCGCCAGGACCUAAUAGCUUCAACUAUUUUACUGUGGAAUCUUUGGCAACUCUUGAGCUGCGCAUCAAUGAGGAGAAAAACAAGAAGCCACCCAAGCAGGACAGCAGCUACCGCGACGACGAUGACGAGAACAAGCCCAGACCCAACAUCGACCUGGAGGCUGGGAAGAGCCUGCCCUACAUCUACGGGGACAUCCCUAAGGGAAUGGUGGCGGUACCAUUGGAGGACCUGGACCCAUUCUACCUGAAGUCUCAGAAAACAUUUAUUGUGCUAAAUAGAGGGAAGACAAUCUUCCGUUUUAGUGCCACACCUGCCUUGUACUUCAUAAGUCCUUUAAAUCCGGUUAGGCGAGUAGCUAUUAAAAUUUUGAUACAUGCUCUUUUCAGCAUGAUCAUUAUGUGUACUAUUUUGACCAACUGUAUAUUCAUGACCUUUAGUGAUCCUCCCGAGUGGUCGAAACAAGUAGAGUACACAUUCACGGGAAUUUAUACAUUUGAGUCUCUUGUAAAAAUCUGCGCGCGAGGCUUCUGUAUAGACGGGUUUACAUUCCUUAGAGAUCCAUGGAACUGGCUGGAUUUCAUGGUCAUUUCGAUGGCAUAUAUAACAGAGUUUGUGGACCUGGGCAAUGUAUCUGCGCUGAGAACAUUCAGAGUUCUCCGAGCAUUGAAAACUAUCUCUGUCAUUCCAGGCCUGAAGACCAUCGUGGGUGCCCUGAUCCAGUCUGUGAAGAAGCUUUCGGAUGUGAUGAUCCUGACCGUCUUCUGCCUGAGUGUCUUCGCCCUCAUCGGCCUCCAGCUCUUCAUGGGCAACCUGCGCCACAAGUGUGUGAUCUGGCCGGUCAACUUCACCAAGAGCUUCGACUUUAACGAUUACAUCAUGAACGAUACCAAUUUCUACUUCCUGCCUGGCCAGUUGGAUGCUCUCCUCUGUGGGAACAGCUCCGACUCUGGCCGCUGCCCGGAGGGCUACACAUGCAUGAAAGCUGGGAGGAAUCCAAACUACGGCUACACCAGCUUUGACAGCUUCGGCUGGGCCUUCCUGGCUCUCUUCCGACUCAUGACACAGGACUUCUGGGAAAACCUUUACAUGCUGACCCUGAGGGCGGCCGGGAAGACCUACAUGCUCUUCUUUGUGUUGGUGAUCUUCGUGGGCUCGUUCUACUUGGUGAAUCUGAUCUUGGCUGUGGUGGCCAUGGCCUACGAGGAGCAGAACCAGGCCACCAUGGAAGAGGCCAUACGGAAGGACGAGGAAUUCAAGGCCCAGCUGGAACAGCUCAGGAGAAAUCAGGAAGACGCCCAGCAGACCGCUGCCAUGGCAACCUCUGCGGGUACAGUGUCGGAGGACGCAGUGGAGGACGAUGGAGGAGGGCGUCUGUCAUGCAGUUCCUCUGAGAUGUCAAAGCUCAGCUCCAAGAGCGCGAAAGAGCGACGUAAUCGUAAGAAGAAGUGGCGGCAGAAAGAGCAGGACAAGGAAAAAGGCGACAGUGAGAAGUUUGUCAAGUCAGAGUCGGACGACGGCAGCAAGAGGAGCCGUUUCCGUUUCCCUGAUAAUCGCCUGGGUCGAAAGUCUUCCAUUAUGAACCAGUCCCUCCUCAGCAUACCCGGCUCGCCUUUCCUGUCGCGCCACAACAGCAAGAGCAGCAUCUUCAGUUUCAAGGGCCGGAACAAGGACGUGGGCUCGGAGAACGAGUUCGCCGACGACGAACACAGCACGGUGGAGGAGUGCGAGGAGCGCCGGGGUUCCCUGUUCAGCCCUUAUCGGCGGAACAGCUACAGCGGCUUCCACGGGAAGAGGAACAGCACGGUGGAUUGCAACGGCGUGGUGUCGCUCAUUGGCCCUGGGCCCGGUGGACGCCUUCUGCCUGAGGUGAAAAUAGAUAAGGCAGCUACUGACGACAGUCCAACUACUGAGGUUGAGGUGAAGAAGAAGCUGUCGGGCUCCCUGAUGGUGUCUGUGGACCAGCUCAAUACCUCCUUUGGGCGGAAAGAGCGGGCCAACAGUGUCAUGAGCGUCAUUACCAACACACUAGUGGAGGAACUGGAGGAGUCUCAGCGCAAGUGUCCGCCAUGCUGGUAUAAGUUUUCUAACACAUUCCUGAUCUGGGAGUGCUCCCCGAGGUGGAUUAAGUUCAAGGAGAUUGUGAACCUGAUUGUCAUGGACCCCUUCGUGGACUUAGCCAUCACCAUCUGUAUCGUCCUCAACACCCUCUUCAUGGCCAUGGAGCACUACCCCAUGACCCCCGACUUUGAACACAUGCUGUCUGUAGGAAAUCUGGUGUUCACGGGGAUCUUUGCAGGGGAGAUGCUUUUCAAGCUGGUGGCUAUGGAUCCGUAUUACUACUUCCAAGAGGCCUGGAACUGUUUCGACGGUUUCAUUGUGACGCUGAGUUUAGUGGAGCUGGCUCUGGCUGACGUCGAAGGCCUGUCUGUGCUGCGGUCAUUCCGAUUGCUGAGAGUGUUUAAGCUGGCCAAGUCAUGGCCCACCCUCAACAUGCUGAUCAAGAUCAUCGGUAACUCGGUGGGAGCCUUGGGGAACCUGACUCUGGUGCUCGCCAUCAUCGUCUUCAUCUUCGCUGUGGUGGGCAUGCAGCUGUUUGGCAAGAGCUACAAAGACUGCGUGUGUAAAAUCUCUACUGAUUGCGAGUUGCCCCGCUGGCACAUGAAUGACUUCUUCCACUCCUUCCUGAUCGUCUUCCGGGUGCUGUGCGGCGAAUGGAUUGAGACCAUGUGGGACUGCAUGGAGGUGGCGGGCCAGGGCAUGUGCCUCAUCGUGUUCAUGAUGGUCAUGGUCAUCGGUAACCUGGUGGUGUUGAACCUGUUCCUUGCCUUGCUGCUGAGCUCGUUCAGCGCUGACAACUUGGCCGCGACAGAUGACGACGGUGAGCCCAACAACCUACAGAUCUCCGUCAAGCGUAUCAAGACAGGCAUCGCGUGGAUAAAAAAGAAGACGCGGAUAGUGGUGGCCAGCAUGCUGAAGAAACCACAGAUGGAGGACGAGCAGAAGCCUUUGGAUGACAUGUACGACAAGAAGCUGAACUGCAUUGCCAACCACACAGGGGUGGACAUCAACCGUGACCUGGACUACGUCAAGAAUGGUAAUGGCACCACCAGCGGUAUUGGCAGCAGUGUGGGCAAGUACAUGAUCGAUGAGGACCACAUGUCGUUCAUCCACAACCCGAACCUGACCGUCUGCGUGCCCAUCGCUGUCGGAGAGUCUGACUUUGAGAACCUCAACACGGAGGACUUCAGCAGCGAGUCGGAAAAUGAGAACAGCAAAGAGCUGGAUGACACCAGUUCCUCGGAGGGCAGCACCAUCGACAUCAAGCCAGACGUGGUGGUGGAGGAGGUGGUGGAGCCGGUGGAGGAAUACUUGGAUCCAGAGGCGUGUUGGACAGAUGGUUGUGUGGCCAAGUAUAAGUGCUGUGAAGUUGACAUUACUACGGGCUGGUGGAAGAAAUGGUGGUACCUGAGAAAAACCUGCUACCUGAUUGUGGAGCACAACUGGUUUGAGACCCUCAUCAUCUUCAUGAUCCUCCUCAGUAGCGGUGCCCUGGCCUUUGAGGACGUGUACAUCUCACAGAGGAAGACCAUUCGGGUCAUUUUGGAGUACGCCGACACUGUUUUCACCUACAUCUUCAUCCUGGAGAUGUUGCUGAAAUGGGUCGCCUACGGUUUUGUCAAGUAUUUCACCAAUGCCUGGUGCUGGCUGGACUUCUUCAUUGUGGAUGUGUCUAUAGUCAGCCUUGUAGCUAAUGCGCUGGGCUACUCCGAUCUAGGGCCCAUUAAAUCACUCAGGACACUAAGGGCCUUGAGACCCCUCAGAGCCUUGUCACGUUUUGAAGGGAUGAGGGUGGUAGUCAACGCCUUGGUGGGUGCCAUCCCUUCCAUUAUGAAUGUGUUGCUGGUUUGCCUCAUCUUUUGGCUGAUUUUCAGUAUCAUGGGGGUCAACUUGUUUGCGGGCAAGUACUACUACUGUUUCAAUCAGACGUCAGAGGAAUACUUUCCCGUCGAUGUGGUCAACAACAAGACCCAGUGUGAGGCCCUCAUAAGUCAAAACUUUACUGAGGUCAGGUGGAAGAACGUCAAGAUCAACUUUGACAACGUGGGCGCCGGCUACCUGGCCCUGCUGCAAGUGGCCACAUUCAAAGGUUGGAUGGAUAUUAUGUACGCGGCUGUGGAUUCCAGAGAGGUGGAAGACCAGCCUGACUAUGAAGUCAACAUCUACAUGUACAUCUACUUUGUCGUUUUCAUCAUAUUUGGCUCCUUCUUCACCCUCAACCUCUUCAUUGGUGUGAUCAUUGACAACUUCAACCAGCAGAAGAAAAAGUUUGGAGGUCAGGAUAUAUUCAUGACAGAGGAACAGAAAAAGUAUUACAACGCCAUGAAAAAACUGGGGUCCAAAAAGCCACAAAAACCUAUUCCUCGACCACAGAACAUGGUCCAGGGCAUGGUGUUUGACUUUGUGCAGCAGCAAGUCUUUGACAUCUCCAUCAUGAUUCUCAUCUGCCUCAACAUGGUCACCAUGAUGGUGGAAACAGACGAUCAGUCAGAAGAAACGGAGGGCAUCCUCUACUGGGUCAACUUCAUCUUUAUCGUAGUCUUCACCACGGAGUUCUUGCUAAAGCUUUUUGCCCUUCGCCACUAUUACUUCACCAAUGGCUGGAACGUAUUUGACGUGGUGGUGGUCAUCCUGUCUAUUGUCGGUAUGUUCCUGGCUGACAUCAUUGAGAAGUACUUUGUGUCACCGACCCUCUUCAGGGUGAUCAGGUUGGCUCGUAUUGGCCGUAUCCUCCGUCUGAUCAAAGGAGCGAAGGGCAUCCGGACUUUACUCUUUGCCCUGAUGAUGUCACUGCCAGCCCUAUUCAACAUCGGCCUACUGCUCUUCCUCGUCAUGUUCAUCUUCUCCAUCUUUGGCAUGUCCAACUUUGGCUACGUAAAACACGGAGCUGGAAUUGACGACUUGUACAACUUUGAGACCUUUGGCAACAGCAUGAUCAUUUUGUUCAUGAUCACCACGUCAGCUGGAUGGGACGGCUUGCUGCUGCCGAUCCUCAACUACCCUCCAGACUGCGACCCCUUAUUGGAGAACCCUGGUACAAACGUGAAGGGCGACUGCGGUAACCCCUCAGUGGGAAUCUUCUUUUUUGUCAUGUAUAUCAUCAUUUCUUUCCUGAUUGUGGUCAACAUGUACAUCGCCAUCAUCCUGGAGAACUUCAGCGUGGCCACGGAGGAAAGUGCCGAUCCGCUCAGCGAGGACGACUUUGAGACCUUCUAUGAGAUCUGGGAGAAGUUCGACCCCACCGCCUCUCAGUUCAUCACUUUUGCCAAGCUGUCUGACUUUGCAGACGCACUGGAGCACCCGCUUCGCGUGCCAAAGCCCAACACUAUAGAACUAAUCGCCAUGGACAUGCCCAUGGUGAGCGGCGAUCGCAUUCACUGCCUGGACAUCCUGUUUGCCUUCACGAAGCGAGUGCUGGGUGACAGUGGCGAGUUGGACAUGCUGAGGCAACAGAUGGAGGAGCGUUUUGUGGCAGCCAACCCCUCCAAGGUGUCGUUUGAACCCAUCACCACCACUCUUCGCCGCAAACAGGAGGAUAUGUCCGCCAGAACUAUCCAGAAUGCCUACCGCAUCCACCUCAUCCGGCGCGGCAUCAUCUUCAAGCGUCACACAUUUACUAACAAUAAGUUUGAGAACGGCGGGACCAACCAAGAGAAGAAGGAGAGCACGCCAUCCACAGCCUCCCUCCCCUCCUACGACAGCGUGACCAAACCGGACAAGGAGAAGCAGGACGAAAACAAGGAGGAGUGGGCCAGGAAAGACAAGGACAAAAACCAAAAAGACGAGUGGGAAUCCAAGUGUUAAGGUUCAUUGACUCUCAAAAAUUCCAAUAAAACACAGCGAGAUGAGACUCUGAGCCCAAACCCAACAAAUGUAGAAAAAGUGAUCAUUUGCAAGUAAGAAAAAAAAAAAAAAAAAAACUACAAAAAAAUGUUUACAGACUCGAUACUACUGAGGCAAUGUGGUUUCUUAUGUCGUCAAAGACAGCUGGACCAAACACAAUCAGUUUACCGCGGAACUUUGCUGCAUCGUGACCAAGUUCAUGGAAAUGAGGAACAAAUACAGUGUGCUGGCCAAUGACACACAUUCCUCUGGGGACCAACUGCCACGGCACCAGAAAUCUCUGCUAGAUGAUCGAAGAAUUGCAAAAUCCCUGCCACCACCUAGUGUGGACCCCCCGCAGCAAAGCUCCAAUGCUACGGGACUGGAUCGUACAGAUCCUACUAGAACUGUUAAAGCAGUCUAACGGAGGCUCUGUGACCCAGUGUUUACCAUCUUUUAUCAAGAAGAAAAACAAUAAUCGACCAAGCAACGUUUAGCUAGGAAGGAAACACUAGCGAGGAAGGGGGAAACCCGAGACAAAGAUUUGUUUUGUUUUGUUUGUUUGUGCUGAGUAUACUUGCAUCUUUACAUUAUUUGAGCAGCAAAAAUAGAUAACAUUUAGCCCAUGUCACUAGUCUUCUCAUCUCCUCUUUGUUAUACUGACAUUGAAAAAGACAUUUUCUACAUGGGCUUUCACACUGACUGGGUAGGGGGCAUUAGUCAUCGUUUUGACUUGGGCUGAAGGAGACUUGCUCAGGCCGAGUUCCAGAUAAAUGAUAAUUAUUGUGCUCGUUGAGUGCAUAGAAAUGACUUGCAUGAAGGCAUGUUUUGAUCAGGAAUCAUGCAUGAGUAAUCAUAGUCCACAAGACACUAAUUCUCAGACCACAGCAGUGGCUUGACUAUAGUUUGAGGCUGUCCACUGGGGAAUUAAGUCACUGGAAAAUGAAGAUUUGUGAUAUAUAGGAUAUUGGUGGAAUGAUCCUGCCCUUCACUAGUUUUCAACUGACAGAUCUUCUAAUUCAGCCCUUCAUUAAACAUUCCAGGUGAAUGAAGGAUGUAAGCACUCAGAGGCAAAGUCUCAGUCUAAACUAAAUCGUUUUUUUUUGCUGCUCUGAAUGUUAGUAGUAUAGAAAGAAUGUUGGGUGUAUGAGUGUUAUUAGGAAGCAGAAUAUCCUCACGAUGAGGAUGCACAGAUUUGGAGGGUCGGUUGUCCCGAACCAAAUUUGGGGCUUACAUCUCUUUGUUUACUUACAUCCAUCAUACAGUCACUUUCUACCUGUGGUCCCUGUUACGGCAAUGAGAGCAGGUGAUGUGUCACGCCAAGGAAUCCAUAACUGGCACCAGUAAAGGGUCUGGUGUACUCAAGUGUCAAUAGGUAUCACCUAUACUGCUGUAGUUCCAGGAGAAGAGAUGGAAAUAUGUUUUUUAUACUCUUUUUGUUGAUUUGUUUUGGGCUAGUGGAAGAACUGAAAUUAGAUAGACAAUACUUCAUUUCAAGUUCCUCUUUUGUACUCUGUCAGACCCGCAUCGGAAUUUCCCAGUGAGCGAUGUUUUAGGUAGUGCUUUUCGGACAAUUUGAGUUGCCAGCUUUAGAUAAAAAAGAAGCCUUGAAGUCCUUCUCUGAUGUCCUUGUGAUGCAAUCAUUCUCAGAAAAAGGAUUUGAUCAGUGAGAGUGACGCUGACCAUCUUAAACAGCAGAGUUAGCAGUGAAUUCUCACAAGGACAUGCCUUGUCAUGCCUAGCAUGAAUGGAAGGUGGAUGGCCGCGAAGGGCUCGUGGGUUUGGACUGUAGAAUAGAAUCAAAUGGGUUUUGUCUGAUAUUUCAGGGAGGUGGACGGGUGAUAAAUAACACAAACGUGGACCAAUAAAUAGGUAGAGCCCCUCCCUUCAGGGUUUUAGACUGACUGCCAUGAGAACAAGAGACAAAUGUAAGAGCAGAAGAAGUGGUCUGAGUCGGAGUGCUGAAAGUCCCAUGUUUGUCAGUGUAUCAUUGUGCUUUUGUGGGACCUCUUAAAACACUGUGUGGUGUUGGACCCAGGCUCGCACCAUCUUUUCACAUACUUGCAUACUUGGCUUUUCAAGUACGAUCACCCGCUUCAAAUAUAAUUAUGGAGGUAGAGACGCUAACACUCGCCAAGAUUAAACAUCAGCAGGCCUCACAUCGACGCAGCUUUGUUGUACAAUAAGCUUUGUGGGUGUUUUUCAUAAAAAUAAAAAAAAAAACUGAGGUUUUGUCAAGUGGUAGACGAGACGCAACUGCCUCCUUCAGUGUUCCUGCCAUUUCUUUUUCUACACAGGAGUGAUGGUCCUAUUUAUAAUCGGAUGACUGGACAUAAAUCUGGCAUCCUUCGUCACACCACUAAUGCCAUUUUGGUGUGUUUAACACUGCCUGUACCAGAACCCCCUGUCUGUAACAAUAACUGAGGUCUGUUUACAAUGUGAGGUCUCCGAAUCAGUUUGGCUGCUGCACACUGAAACCAAAUACAUUCCCGAUGAGAACCACAGGAGGAGUGGGUAAAUGUCAUCCAAUUUAUCCAUGUUCAUCUUGGAUGUAAUGUUUUAGAAUGAUACAUUCACACUUGAAAAAUAAUAAUAAAAAAACAAGCAAAAAAAAAGAUAAAAAAAGAAAACACAAAAACAUAUAUAUGUACAGUGCAGGCUAUGAUGUAAAUGGCACAAUCGCUGAAAAAGAACGAACUUUUUGAGAGAAACUAUAAAUAUUGUAUUAUAUUCUUUUAUUUUAUCGGCAUGCUUUGUUGUGUUUUUUGUAAAUACGGAAUUUUAAAAAUGUUACUACUAAUAAUCAAAAAAUGAAUAAUAACAAUAAUAUAGAAUGGCUUCCAGCUAUGCCCUUUGUCACAUUUGUUACCUUUUUGGAUUUUUUGAGACACUUUUCACUUUGUUGACGGAAAUUGAAUGAAAUAUAGAUAUUAUAUAAUAUACAAAAGAUAUAUACAUGUAUACAUAUAUGUCUAUAUGUAUAUACAUAAAACAGAAGAACACUGUUUGUCACAUUUGAUUUGUGUGCAACACGUUCAGUGGAUGUCUAAAACUGGUUGUUUCCAGCACCCUUCUAUGUCGGGGGAAUAGCUCAUGUGCGAUGUUACUGGAGCUGCUUGCCAUGGAUUGUAGCCUGAUCAUGACGGAAGGAUAAUGUUACCAGCACAUUUCUCACUUACUGUCAUAUCUCUCACCUUCACUGAGUAUACAGGACACAGUCACAAACACACACACACACACACACACACACAGGUGACUCCUCACUGCCCUCCAACUUUACCAGAGAUCUCUUCCCUGAGAUGGUCCCUACCCCCCAGGGCCUUUCCCCCCCCAUACCCACACAUCAGUGCCAUUACAGCUCAACAUGCAUACAACCAUGUACUUGCUUCUCAUCCUCACGUUUCUUUUGUUGAAUGGUUUGUUUCCAGUGUUCCACUCAAUGGCAUGUGCCUUUUUUCUGCUUUUUCUGCAAAUUUGGAUGUCGAUUCCACACUGAAAAAAAACGAAAACAAAAAAAAAAACCUGUCCAAACUGUGGAGGGUGGAGGUUUGGGGGGUGAGCACAACAUUAAUCAGGGAUGUGGAGUCAGAAAUACUGCCGGAGGAUCAUCCAGACACCCCAUUUCUUCAUCUUAAUAUUCAACAGUGUGUGAUGUUAACAGAAAAACAGCUAACUCAAAAAUGUCCUGUUCUUAGUGCUAUGUGUGUCACCCACUUGGCUUGUGAAAAAGCAGCUUGCCUUCUAUAUUUCUGUUUUAUUUCUUCAAAGUUUCCGUUUCCAUCUGAAAUUUAUUUUUGUAUCAAUAUUUGAUUAUAGGACUCAUUCUUUUUUUAAGCAUGGUUUAUUAUGGGCGUUUUUUCUUUUUUUUUUGCUGAAAAAUUGAAAAGUGCUUUUCAAACUGUUAUCAUUUGACACCGUGAUAAAAAGAGGAUAUACAGUACAAUAUGAUGGUGUGUUGCACAACCACUUGGACUCUUGGUAAGAAUAUAAUGAAAGAUUGUCUUCAUUUGAGCACGAACCUUUUUAUUACCAAUAAAGCAGCCUUCCAGUUA